AUGGCUGAAUUGUCCGAUGAUGAGUUGGAGAAGGCGAAAGACACGGCAAGAUGGUCCAGCAACUUUCCUCCUCCCGAGAUACAAGCACAAGUGGCUCGUAAGAAGGGACCGGCGUAUAUGGAGCACUUUUCGAAGGAGAUGUGGAGGCAAUGCGGGAUGAGAGUGUUUGUGAUGUCGGCAUGGAAGAAUGAACAGGGAGAGGUGCUGUUCGGGAUGAGAUGGGGAAAGUUUCAUGAAGACGAAGGACUGGGAGACAUCGAGCCAGUUUGGCAGGAGUACGCGCAGGAACAAUUCGGUGCUGGGGCACGAGAUGGUGGGCGACAGGUGAAUGGAGGUCGAAAGAGAAUCAGGAAGCCUGCUUUCGAACUCGAAAUUGAUGGGGAUGGGAUGCCGGUGCUUCCUGACAUCACCGAGACGAAACUCGAGGAGAAGAAAGCCAUCGUCAGAGCAUUUCUCACAUCGCACUAUCGUAUCUGUUCUGGGAUUGUCAAGGCAGUUGUGCCAUGGAGCGCCAUCACAUAUCUUCCGGCGGAUGUGGACUUGAAGGAGCCUUCGAAGUUGCAACAUUGGGACACGACCACCUUACUGAAUUUCUGGUAUGCUCGGCAGGAGAAAGGCGAAGGUCCAACAUUCCUGUUCAAAGCAUGGAGGAACAGAGAUGGGGACAUGGUAGCCUCGGUUGUAUCCGGAAAUUCACCUUCUCAUCGGACUCAUAAUGCCAGACGAGUUAUGAUCCGAAGGCCUCGGAAUUCAUCGACCGAAACUGACAGUGAUCCCGAGGCCAAUCACGAGAGUGAUCCAGAGAGCAAUCCCGAGGACGACACUCAUCACAUGGAGGAUGAUGCUGAUGAUGACACAGAGGAAGGUAGAUCCCCGCAAAAGAGACCCAGAACAGAGCCUGGUCCUUCGACAGCACAUGAAGGGACAGCGGUCCCACAUGCAAUUCCAAAGCCUCGCCCGGUCAAUGCAGGGAAGACUGGUGCACUGCUGACAUCGCGAAUGGGCGACCUCCUGACUGGGCUGACUGCGAGAGUCACUCGCAAUGUUCAGGAGGAUGGUGCAACAGAACGAGUCAAUAGGUCGCCGGCGCUGAAGAACAUGCAGGGAAGGAAAGCGGUGAUUGAGCCAUCGGCGAGGACAAACCCGGAGUAA